UAUUUCUCAAAAAAUGGCCUUUCCACCAUCGUGCCGAAGAACCCUUUGGCAGAAUCUCUUCUGGGCAACCGCGCUGACUUCUCCUUCUGGGAUCUGAAACUCGUCAACCUCCAGUACCGCUGCACAAAGACGUUCCUCAACGACUGCCAGCUGGCAGAGGAUCCCUGCCAGAACGACGGCUACACGGGCCCCGCCUGCACUUGUCUCUGCCCGCCUGGCACCUCAGGCAGCCGCUGUGAGACGCGCGUCGGGGACUACACGGAGACGCUGGUGCAAGAGCGCUUCCCACACAGCGCGCGUUUCACGACACCGGGCGUGAUCUCCUCGCCAGGAUAUCCCGAUAACUUACCUACAGGGACGGGGAAGUACAUCCAGGAGCUGAAGGCCCCGGAGUGCCACAAGGUGCAGUUGGUGUUCACCGAGUUUGUCCUCAUGCAGCGUCCCGACAGCCCUGUGCCUUGCCUCUACCAGGGCCUCACGCUGCGCCUCCAGGACCCACCUAUCGACUCCAAUGUCUUUUGUGGCCGAGACAUCGCCCCAGGUCGGGUUUUCAAAAGUGCCGGCAGGUCGCUGGUCCUAAAUUUCGUCAACUACUAUCCCAAGACUACGCCGUCGAAAUAUCGAGCAGAAUUUAUCUUCAUUUGGAACACUGAAAAAUGCGGUGAGCAAGAGUGAACGCCCGUUGGGGUUUAUAACGCACCACCGCCAGCGCUCCAGCAAUGUCCACUGCAUCAUUAUAACCUAUCCGCUAAAGUGCCACACUCCAACCAUUACACUUUUUUCGCACUCUUCAUAUGCUUUGAUGAAAAAUACUACAGAAACGCUAAUAAACCGCAUAUAAAUAGUGAAAUUUGCCGAGAUACUUGCUCGAUUCUUUAGAGCAUCAAAUUACGAGAGAAGGUUCCAAAGUCGCAAAAUCGUUUUAGCCUAGAAAUCGCUUGCUGCUUUCGUAAUUUGUGACAUGGUUAUUCGUUUUAGGAGCAAAUUAAAGUAAGUAUAUUAAAACGCACGCAAUUUAGAAAAUAUGGUCGUCCGAAAAAUUUAAUUGAAUGAUCAAGAUAUAAACUAAAACGAUGAAAUUAUUCAUGUAUUCGGGAAUAUUGUGCAUGCACAGAGGCCAUGAUAAUCUUAUGAUCAACUGAACACAUUGCAGGAAAACAGGCUUUUGGUAUAAUUGGGAGUUUGUAGAACAGUUUUUGAAAAUAAAAGGAAUGAGUCGCUGUUAUAGUGUAAUUGCAUGUCUCUUUCUCAAAUCUCACGGAAUGAACGUGAUUAACAGUGCACAACAAUGAAGUAUUAGAAUAAGAUAUGAAUAACAUCAACUGCCCGAGUUGAAGAUGAAGUUGCAAUUGACAGAUUUUUAUCGUGCAAGUGAGUACAAACAGCUUAGAAAUCAUGUCAUACAAUUGCAUUAGUUUGAAACACAAUGUUCGAUAAUAUAAUAAAAACAAUGCAUACCUAUACAAUUUUGCCUCCUGAUGAAGCUAUAACACGAUUUAUCAUAUAUUUUAAGUAGAAUAAAGAGAAAUAAAACAGUGAGAUGACUGUCCACUUAAGAGUAUGGUACUUUUCCGGCUGCAUGAAUGCUGACCUGUAGCCAAGCUAUAAUUCAUGGACUUCCCAUUCUCGACCUGAAAACUCAGUUCCGCCUCGUGUGAUUAUGUAAUAAGAACGGCAAUAAAUGUUCACGCAUCUCUACUGUUACCU